AUGGCUCCCCUCCGCAGUGCCAUCCAGGUGCCCUCCAUCGUCGCCCUGCCCGGCGGGGCGCUUAUAAGAUGCUCCUUCUCUUCCCUCCCUCGAUCUCCUCACAAUUCUCCAGUUCUCUUCUCGUCUCCUACCCCUCACCUCCAAGCCGGCCUAGCCAACCUUGCUGCGUGUGUCUCCAGAUUCGACCCCUGCUCACUUACCUUGGAUUUCCGAAAUGGCAAGUCCACUCGUUCGAUCGGCUCAGACGCCGGAUGGCUACCUCCAAAUUUCAAACCCAACACCUUGAAAGAUAUCGCCGUCGUAGAGCGCUACUGGCGAAAGUUUUGCAUUCAGUCGAAUGAAGACUACGUGGACUACCUUCUUCGAGAGGACCAAGCGAUCUAUAUGAAUUUUUUCGACUGGAUGUUCAGAACAUCACGAAAGAAGGGACUCCAGACUUACGAUGAGUACUGGCGCCGCCUUUGUCAGUACUUCGAGCUGUUUUCCCGUCUCCGCGUCGGCGAUAACGCCCAUAAACAGAUGAGACGGGUACGAGCAUUCCUCUUGUGCUAA